AUGAAUACAAUUGAUGAAUUGAGAAAGGCUAAGUUUACAUAAAAAUUAGAACAAAUUGUCUUAAAAAAGAGAAGAGCCAAAACCAAUUUGGAAGAAUAUCAAAUUAGAAAACAAAGUAUCCUAUAUUUAUAGAUAGAUUAAUUAACAUAUGUUCCUUAAAUGAAUAAAGAUUAGAUUUGCAGUUUAUGUGAAUCUUAUUAUGUGAAUCACAUAACAACAAUUUGUGAACAUAGUUUUUGUGAAAAAUGUUUAUUUGAUCAUCUACUCAAAUGUCGUGUAAAUUAUUUAAAUAACAAUAGAAAAAAUGUCCAACUUGCAAAAUAGAAUUCAAGGGUGAUUUUGCUUUUCCUUGUCUUUCAUUAGAUUACUGGAUUGGUAUUGCUUAAAAGGAUAAUAAAAAUUAUGAACUUAAAUUAUAAGAAGUUGAAUUGUGGAAGGAGAAAGGAAAGAUCAAAGAAUUAAAAGUAGGAAUGAAAUUAGAUAUUCUUGACACAGCUUUUAUUUGGUGUUUAGGUGAAAUAAAAGAGAUUCGAUAUGGAAAAGAUGAUCAACCUAAAUAGGUAUUGGUUCACUAUAUUGGUUGGAAUAAAGUUUAUGAUGAACUAAUAGGAGUAAAUAGUUUUCGAUUGGCCCCAUAAGGAAGUAAUACUUCAUAAAAGAGUAAUAAAUUAAUUAAAGUUAGAUAUUUUAUAAUAUUAAAAAUCAAAUGUAGAGACAUUACAAAGAAGUCUGCAUAUAAGUGGGAAUACUAACGAGAAUGCAAAUGAGAGAUAAUUAAAUUCUCGAUAACUUAUUAGGUCAUUAGCUAGUUAAAUAUUUUAAUUGAGAAAUGAUCUUUUUAAUAAUUAAAAUUGA